CAUCACCUACCACCGCUAAAGCGUGCGAUGGAACGAACCGGAGCAUUCGCAAGGCUCGACCAUAGCAACACGAAUCACGAUGAUGUAUACUUUAAAUAGUGUCAACGAAACUCAUUUGUUCACAUCACAAAAUAGAUGUGAUACUUGGUUGCAUCACAAAAGGCUUUAUUCAAAUGCCCACAAUGCAGAAAGCGGAAAAAUGGCGCUCUGCAAAUAAGGAGUGUUCAACGUGGGCACUGCGAAUAGUACAAGGCCGUUAAAACAUUCGAAUAAACGUGAGCUAUUAAAUACUGAAGCAAGAUAUGGAAAAUGGAGUUGGAAAGAAUGAAACAAGAAACGAAGCUUGUCGCAUUGGAAUUCAUGAGCAACUCGAGCGCGGACUUAGGCCGCGAAAGAAAUCGUUGCGGCAGAACUUCAUUGCCUGAAAGAACCACGAAAGAAAGCAUUGAUAACGAAAUUAAAUAUCGUAGAUGCAGCGAGAACAAUGAGCUAAAAAUCAAGAGAAAACUUAGUAAGAUAUUAGAUCCUCUAAACAGAAAGAUAUCCAAAGAUGUGCUGUCCAGCAUCGCAAAAUUUGAUAGAAGUGUCCUGAAGGAAACGAAGAGAGAUUAUUUCCGACGGGAUAAGGGUAUCAGCAAUGUUUACCGCUCAGUUACCGAAGAAAUAACAACUUUUGAUACUUCCAGGUUGCGAAGACUGUCUUGCGAUAGCUAUGUGGUGGAACGCAAUCGACGAAUUUGCCGUGGUAUAAACAAUUUUGAUAGAAAUGGCCUAAGAGCUGUUCGCAAGCAAUCAGUUAAAGGUAAAUGCAAUGGGAGCCUUUCACUUCUCAGUUUCAGUGCAUCAGACACCUGCAUACCCUGCCCCGAUACCCCUCUCACUUGUGCCACUAUGCGACUAGAGGAAAUAAGUCAAUGCAUCAUGCGUGAUUGCCCUUUUUUACUGGAUGCUAGCAUCAAUAGAUUGCUCUGUCCGAUUGAAGAAAACAAAGAAAUGAGUUAUAAGCAUUUCUCUUUGGUUGCAAAGCCAAUAUUUGAGAACCAGUUGACGAAUUUAACACAAUCUGUUUGGUCGAAAGUGGCACUCAUUUUUUACUUGGUCAAAGAGGUGCUGUUCUCUGGUGCUUUGUCAGGAAUCCAGGUUGAGCUUCUAGUUGACUAUGCAACCCAGUUUGUCGCUGAGAGCUCUUUCGAUGAGAUAAACAAGGAAGGCGGUUGGGUUGCACUGGAAUGCGAAAGCAAAGAUUUACUUGAAUCAAAUGGUUUUAUGUGGGAUUACAACGGGCAUCAAAACGAACUGCAUCAGAUAGCAAUUGCAUCAGAAUACAGACAUGCGGUGAUAUUAAACGAGAUAAUCUUUGAUCGUGCCUUAACAUUUUUAACGCACAUUGGCAGCGUGUUUGCCCUCAUGACUGGAGUUGGGUUUCUAUAUCACAAGCUCUUAUGACAGCAACGUCACAAUCUAGUCAAUGAGAGGGUAGCCUCCUCCAAUUGUUGUUCCCAUUUGAAUUGUUUUCCCUGACUACACCCGUCCAUUCCCAGUAUAUUUGUUCUGUGUAAAUAAUCCCAUAUUGUUGUUCCCAUUUGAACAAAUAGACGAACCCCUUCCUAAACCAACGCUAUCCUCACUUUUAUACAACUACAAAUAUACUCUAAUAAGCGGUGUUGCCAGCUACUGCAGAGUGGGAGAGUAAUAGGCGUGACAAACGAAACAACGCCUUUUUGCCUCAUGUUUAUUUCCUUAGGUAUGUCUUGAAAAAUAUUACCUGCCCCUACCUAAUGCCUUUUUUAAAUUUUAGAAAAAUUAUCUUCACCAUUUUUGACAAAAGUUAGGGAUAAUCAAAAGUUAGGGGUAAUCAAAAGUUAGGGGUACCACUUCUGGUGCCACUAAAUACAAUUUAUAUUUUCAAAGAUAAUAUUAACAAUGAAUAUUCUGUAUUUGUGUAUUUGUGUAAGAUUGUGUAUAUACACUGAAUUGCGAUAUUUAUAUGACUUUUUUAGCGACAUUAAACUAUUCGAAUGUUUUUAUGAGAAUUGUAGCCUGUACUUCAGACCCCUACUUUUAAGCGGCUCUUGGCUUUGGCAAUU